AAGGAGUCUCCGGGUUUGAACUAACGUCAGAGUGCCCGGAUUUGCUGUGUCUGGUUUUCAGCUGAAGAAUCUUAACUACUAAGUUAUCAAGAAAAAAAAUAAAAACUGGAAACUAAUCCGGUAAACAUAAUUUUGCUAAGAGUCAGAAAUGGAACGAUUUGUAGUAACAGCACCACCAGCCCGAAAUAGAUCUAAGACUGCUUUGUAUGUGACACCCCUGGAUCGAGUCACUGAGUUUGGAGGUGAGCUUCAUGAAGAUGGAGGAAAACUCUUCUGCACUUCUUGCAAUGUGGUUCUGAAUCAUGUUCGCAAGUCUGCCAUUAGUGACCACCUCAAGUCAAAGACUCAUACCAAGAGAAAGGCAGAAUUUGAAGAGCAGAAUGUGAGAAAGAAGCAGAGGCCCCUAACUGCAUCUCUUCAGUGCAACAGUACUGCACAAACAGAGAAAGUCAGUGUUAUCCAGGACUUUGUGAAAAUGUGCCUGGAAGCCAACAUCCCCCUUGAGAAAGCUGAUCAUCCAGCAGUUCGUGCUUUCCUGUCUCGCCAUGUGAAGAAUGGAGGCUCCAUACCUAAGUCAGACCAGCUGAGGAGAGCAUAUCUGCCUGAUGGAUAUGAGAAUGAAAAUCAGCUUCUCAACUCACAAGAUUGUUGACAAGGAGGUUAUCACCUUUGUGAUCAAGAUAAAUAAUGUUGAGUAUUAAAGUUAUGUGUUGAUUGUGUG